AUGUCAUUCUUCGCCAAGCUAGGCAGCGACUCGGACUCGGACUCGGGAUCCGAGUCGGAAGAGUCUAUCCUGUCCGGAGAUGAGGGAGAGGAUCAGGAUUUAAAGUUGAAGUUGGGCAAGGGGAAGAAGGGGAUGUUUGAGAGAGGAAGUGGGGAUGAUGAGAGUGAUAGUGAGGAUGACGACGACGAGGAUAGUGAUGAGGAUAGUGAGGAUGAGGGGGCGGAUAGUGAUGCAGGCAGGAAGAAACUCCAAAACAAGUUCUUGAAAGGCGCCGACUCGUCCGACGACGAAUCCGAGGAUGAAGACAAAACCGUCGUCCUGUCCGCCAAGGACAAGCGGUUCGUCGAGAUGGACAUGGCUAUCAAGGCUAUUCAAAAUGCGACCAAGCUCGAGGGUGCGGCGAACGACUGGGUGUUAGCCUCUUCUGAAUUCGACAAGCUCCUCCGCUUCAUCACCCGUCAUCAAACAUCCAUGGCCGCCUCCCCCAUCCCACCCUCCGGCCACAUCCCCCCGCCUUCCUCCAGACCCUCCAAGGCGGUUAGCUCGAUGCGGCAGGCACUGAAGAAGAAGGCAAAGGAGUUUGAGCUGUUGCUGAAGACUUACAACGAGGACCCCGAGGCUUACUCUGCCGCCUACGACAAGGCCAACGCCGCGCCCGUUGUCGCUAAAGCACCCAAGAAGAAGGAUCCUACCGGUGCGGCCGCAGCAGGCGACGAUGGGGAUUUCCAGACUAUCGGCAAAGGGGGUCGGGCGCUCAACUUGACUGCUGAAGGGACCUUCAAGACGCUUCGCGAGGUAUUCGAGUCGCGCGGAAAGAAGAACACCGACCGUGGAGAAACCAUUCGGAUCCUUUCGAAACUCUACGAAGUCACCGAAACGACCUACCAGCGUAUCCGCGUCCUCCUCGCUCUGGUUCCAGCGCGUCUCGACUACUCCCAGGCCCUCCCUUCUAUUCCGCACGAGUCCUGGGUUGCCGGCCUGAAGGAGCUGGAUCUGCUUCUUUCGCUGCUCCUGAAAGAGCCCGGAUAUGUCGUGCAGGAGACGGUGGCGGAGUAUGAUGAUAUGGUGGAAAGGGAGCCGGAGGAGAAGGAUGGGAAGUUGGUCAAGGUUGAGAUUGCCGGGAACUUGAUCAGUCUCGUCGAGAAUAUCGAUAACGAGUUCACCAAGACGCUGCAACAUACCGACGCACACGAGAAGAGCUCGGACUAUAUCGAGAGGCUGAGGGAGGAGGCGCCGCUCUAUGCGACGAUCACCAAGGCGCAGGCAUUGUUUGAGCGGGAUAACCUCGCGGAUCAGACUGCUCGGGCCGUCAUGCGCCGCGUGGAGCACCUCUACGCCAAGCCCGACGUGGUCAUUGAACACUUUGGCCGCGUUGCCGCCCCUACCCUCGAAAACCUCACUUCCUCCAUCACCCCCUUCACUGCCUCGACUUCCCCCUCGCAACUCAUCCGCCUCCUCUGCGUCUACAUCUACAAUUCCGACGCACCCCUCCUCCGUGCCCGCGCCAUCCUGUGCCACAUCUUCAACCACGGGAUGCACGGGCGGUACCACCAGGCUCGGGACCUCCUCCUCAUGUCUCAUCUCCAGGACACCAUCUCGCACGCCGACGUCACCACCCAGAUCCUGUACAACCGCGCCGUCAUGCAGCUCGGUCUCGCCGCGUUCCGGUCUGGCUACAUUCCGGAAGCACAAGUCAUCCUCGCCGACAUGUUCUCGAGUCAGCGGCAGAAGGAAUUGCUGGCGCAAGCGAUUCAGCGGUAUGGGAACCAAAUCACGCCGGAGCAGGAACUGGUCGAAAAGAGGCGGUUACUCCCUUUCCACCUACACUUGAAUCUCGAGUUGCUCGAGGCGGCGUAUUUGACUUCGUGCAUGCUCAUCGAAGUCCCGCUCCUUGCUGCGGCCGAGACGGACGAGCAGCGCCGACGGGUGACGAGCAAGCAGUUCAAGCGGUUAUUGGACAUGGCGGAUAAACAGGCGUUUAUGGGUCCACCGGAAAAUACGAGGGAUCACGUCGUCAAGGCGUCCAAGGCGAUCAUGGCGGGUGAUUGGGAAAAGGCCAAGGAAUUGAUUGAGGGCAUCAAGGUCUGGACGUUACUGGAUGGUGCGGAAGAGGUUAAGGCUAUGCUUGGCCGUAAAAUCCAAGAAGAAGCCCUACGGACCUACCUCCUUACCUACUCGACGCACUACGCCUCCCUCUCCCUCUCCCACCUCUCCUCGACCUUCUCCCUCCCCGUUCCCACCCUCAAAUCGCUCAUCUCGCGCAUGAUCUACAAUGAAGAGCUCUCGGCCUCGCUAGACUCGAUCGACGCCGUCGUCAUGUUCCACCGCACCGAGACAACCGAGGUGCAGCGUCUGGCCCAACAGCUCGCGGAGCGCGUGGCGGGUAUGGUGGAGAAUAAUGAAAAGGUCCUGGAUCAGAAACUGGGUAAUCAGCAGGGUGGGGGACAGGGUGGGAAGGAGGGCGGAGAGCGCGGAGGAGAGGGUGGAGGGCGCGGACGGACAGAGAGACGGGGUGGGAGAGGAGGUGGAGGGCGAGGAGGGAGAGGAAGGGGCAGGGGAGGAUUCAAUUCGGGUUUGGGGACGGGGGUGGGGCAACGAAGGGGGGUCGCAGCUUAG